AUGACUUCAGAUCGUCCGUUUGAGUUUGAAACGGUGCGCCCAUCUGUGGACGAAAUAGACCAGUGUCGGUAUUCAGCGUGGUCCACAUUCUUCCAAAACCAUGUUUUUCCCUCCAUAAUUAUCAAUCCACUUCCCACAACCUUCAUAAGCUACCUUCUUAGCGACACCAUCAAGCUUCCUCGAUCGCACCAGCCAAUUAUUGCAAGCAGUGAUAACGAGUACAGCGACUGGGAAAGUGAAGAUGAUGAUGUGCAGGACGAUGUUACUGCCGGAUUUGAAUCGAUGCAUGACCGGGUUGUUGCAGCCAUUCGCGAAUUGGGACCGGUUUUCCCGAAAAUGAAUUGGUCGGCGCCAAAAGACGCGAAAUGGAUGCUUCCCAAUAAUGUUCUUCAAUGCCACGAUGCUAGCGAUGUAUAUUUGGUGCUCAAUGCUUCGAGUCAUAUAGUUCAUGAUAUGGAACAUGCUUAUGAAGAAACGGGUUCGGGGAAACAACCGGAUACUUUCGAGUUGGUUCUUCGCCAAUGGACCCAGAUGAACCCGGCACUUGAGUUUCGAGUAUUUGUGUAUCGUCGCCGUAUAAUUGGAGUCUGUCAGAGAGACCCUAAUUACUAUGAUUAUCUUGCAAAUUUGGAACCGCAGUUGCGCCUGCAGAUAGACCAGUUUUUCGCAACCGUUUUCUUGCCCUCGGAAAUUACCUUGGAAAAUUGCGUUUUGGACGUGUACUUGCCGCGUCCAUUUGACAAAACUUGGUUCGUCGAUAUAAACCCUUUUUCAAGGGCAACCGAUCCGCUCCUCUUUACAUGGAACGAACUUUUGUGUGUGUCACGUGACACGUCACGUGAUUGUUCUAACUACGAGUUCCGGCUCUUGCACGAGAACAACAUUCACCGCAAUGCGGCCAAAGACCAUUCAGAAAAUCAGGUGCCGUUGGACGUGAUUGGAGCCGCCAACGACACCGAGGCCAUGGUGGAAUUGGCACGGGCGUGGAACCAAAAUGACAUCAGUGCACCAUAG